UCAUUUGUAAUUCUAAGUUUGAGUGGAAAUGUUGAGAGCAGCGCUUACUCUUCUUUGGGGCUGUUGCUUCCUCUGUCUGGCCUCUUGCUAUGAGGUGCCAAAGGCAAGAAUUCAGGUGUUUUAUCCCAAGGGAUUCGAAGUCUCCAUACCACAUGGAGAGGGCAUUACCCUCUUUGCGUUCCAUGGCAAGUUAAAUGAGGAAAUGGAGGGCUUGGAGGCCGGCACAUGGGCCCGUGACAUAGUGAAAAUGAAGAACGGCCGUUGGACAUUUCGAGAUCGCGUAUCGGUACUAAAGCCAGGCGAUGUCUUAUACUACUGGACCUAUGUGAUCUACAAUGGAUUGGGAUAUCGUGAAGAUGACGGCGUUUUCACUGUCUCUGACUACAGCAGCGGUGAAGCCAACACCGGUUCUAGCCCCAGAGUUCCAGUUGUCACACCCUUGGAAACAACAACACCUUGGGCGUGGCCUACAGACCCGAAAUAUCAAUUGGAUGUUCGUAUUGGAUGCAACGAGACCCUGACUUGGAAGAAUGGGGCACCCGUUAAAUGUGGUGGUCAAAUGAUUUUCGUGGAGGAGUUCAAUUCGGACAAAUUUGAUCCAGCCUCUUGGUUGUUGGAGCGUCGUUUUUCCGGAGCUCCAGACUACGAGUUCAAUGUUUACGUAAACGAUGCACCCAGCACGAUGAAGUUAAACCACGGCCACGCAGUGCUCGAGGCCACCACAUUGAAACGUCUGUACAAGCAAAAUUUGAACAGCCAUCUGGAUCUGGGCUUGAGCUGUACGGGGGAGGCAGACCCGAAAAACGUAAACUGUGUGCGUGAUGGUCGUACCAGACACGACCUAUUGCCUCCCAUGGUAACAGCCCAGUUCUCCACUAAACGAAGCUUUUCCUUCAAGUAUGGUCGUGUCGAAGUGCGAGCAAAAAUGCCUGGUGCCGCCUGGUUGACGCCCCAGCUUUGGCUGGAGCCUAAAGAGCAUGCAUAUGGGUCGGACAACUAUGAGUCGGGGCAGAUUCGUCUGGCUUUUACGCGUCCAGCCAAUGGAAAAGUGGAUCUUUACACGGGCGCCCUGUUAGCUGCGAAGGAACCGAUGCGAUCGGCUAAGAUCUGCCAGCGAGUGGGCACUGGGGAAACCAAUGAUGAUUGGGUUGAAAGUUUCCACAACUACACGCUGCUGUGGACUCCACGAGAGAUGAAGUGGCUAGUAGAUGGACGAGAAUUGUGUCGCCAUGGAAUCGAUGGGGGAGCCUUUCAUGGGACAACUGUGAAUGGGCAAACCUUGCAGAACAGGGAAAUACUGGAGCAAGGCAGCGACCUGGCUCCAUUCGAUAAGGAGUUUUAUCUAACCUUUGGAAUGAGUGUGGGCGGAUUUAAUGAGUUUUUCUAUAAUACGGACAAACCAUGGGCUGAAUUCAAUCCAAAAGCCAUGAAGACUUUCUGGGAUGAUGUCAAAAACAAAGCCGAUAUUUGGCUAGAAAAUUGUCAGCUUAAAAUUGACUAUGUCAAAGUUUUUUCCUUAUAAAUUGACAAUUUAAUUAAAUCUUGACAAUUCA